CACACUAUAAAACCAGGCGAAUGCCCUCGAUCUCCUCUGCGACUAGCCCUUUGCAUAGUUCAAUUUUUUUUCCUUUUUAUUUUUUUCUUUUUUUAUUUUCCAAUAUUUUCUAUUUUCCAUUACAGACCAAACUGCCUAUUAGGGGUUCACACCCAUUUCCAUUACUUCCAUUCCUCUGUAUAAAAAAAAAAAAAAAAAACCGGAGAAAAAACUUUUUCUUUAUCAUAAUUUUGCAUAUAUUGAACAAUUGCUGUGCGUUUUGAUUGUGAAUUGUUCUAUCUGUGCUGUUUCUAGGGUUUGUUUUUUGAGUUAAUGAAUCAAACCGGGUUUUGUAGAAAUCUUGUUCACCUUUAGGGUUUUUUUCUGGGUUGUUGAAUUUGUGCUCCAAUGGAUAAGAAGAAAGUGGCGGUGCCCCUCGUAUGCCACGGGCAUUCCCGGCCCGUCGUUGACUUGUUUUACAGUCCUGUCACUCCUGAUGGGUUCUUCCUCAUCAGUGCCAGCAAGGAUUCUACUCCAAUGCUGAGGAAUGGGGAGACUGGGGAUUGGAUUGGAACCUUUGAAGGACAUAAAGGUGCUGUUUGGAGUUGCAGCCUAGAUACUAAUGCUUUACGUGCUGCAUCUGGCUCUGCAGAUUUUACUGCGAAAUUGUGGGAUGCAUUGACUGGGGACGAAUUGCACUCUUUUGAACACAAGCACAUUGUUCGGGCAUGUGCCUUCUCAGAGGAUACACACUUCCUACUCACUGGUGGAGUUGAAAAGGUACUUCGUAUAUUUGAUCUGAAUCGCCCUGAUGCACCUCCUAGAGAGGUUGAAAAUUCACCUGGUUCAAUCAGAACAGUUGCCUGGCUUCAUAGCGACCAGACAAUUUUGAGUUCCUGUACUGAUAACGGGGGUGUGAGGUUAUGGGAUGUGAGAACUGGCAAAAUUGUUCACACACUUGAGACCAAGUCACCUGUAACCAGCGCUGAAGUGAGUCAGGAUGGCCGCUACAUAACAACUGCAGAUGGGACUACUGUUAAGUUUUGGGAUGCAAAUCAUUAUGGAUUAGUGAAAAGCUACAACAUGCCCUGCAACAUGGAAUCGGCUUCAUUGGAACCAAAGUUUGGCAAUAAGUUCAUUGCUGGAGGAGAAGAUAUGUGGAUUCAUAUGUUUGAUUUCAAUACCGGGGAAGAGAUUGGAUGCAACAAGGGUCACCAUGGCCCUGUACACUGUGUGCGUUUCUCGCCCGGGGGUGAAUCUUAUGCGUCAGGAUCCGAAGAUGGAACCAUUAGAAUUUGGCAGACAGGCCCUCAGAAUCUUGAAGAACCAGACAGCUUUGUGUCUGGGAAGGUCAAGGUUGUGGUCGAUGAGGUUACCCGCAAGGUUGAGGGAUUUCAUGUUGGCAAAGACGGGAAAACUGGAAACAAGGAGAAGGCCUUAGAUGGCUAACUUGGUUUGAGACACCAUGGAGCAUUGAGCUUGCUUACUCUCUCCUUCAUUAGCUGGGUUGUAGGCAGGUUUUAUGCGACUUCUGGACAUUGUCUUGUGGAAAUAAAAGUGAACUGGUUUUUUCCCUUAGGAGACUUUCUUUAUUAGACUGUUUUUUCCUUAUACCCCCUUCUUAGGGUAGAAAAGUGUAGAACUUGAGAGGACAAUGUUAAUGUGCAGAAGAGUUUGUUUGGCUGGUUGGAAAUGCUGGGUAUUAUGAAUGUUGGAUUUUGUUGGUUUUCAUUGAUUUUGGGCAGCCAUCCUUUGGGAUGCCUCUCUGUACAGGCAUUAUACAAUCUCCAAGAUGUUAUUCAGGCCUCUAAGUGCAUUUGGGCUCUUUUAUCUAA